CUUCAAGGUAAACUACUGGCCGACUGAACAGGUGCACACCGAGACUAUCGUGUAUUCAAGCAUAGACUGCAUCUCUUGAAAGUAAUCAUGCUCGGUCUCAAGCUGCAGGUUGCCAGCAGCCUGCUAUUGCUUGGCGCACUUGUGGCACAGGCGAAAUACAUCGUCCCAGGCGCAAGAUGGCGUGACACGGAUGGCGAACUUGUGAAUGCCCACGCGGGUAAUGUCGUUCUUGAUAACAGCACGUCGAAGUUCUGGUUAUUUGGCGAAUACAAGGUCCAGGGCCAGGUGGAAGGGGGUGGUGUGUCGGUCUACAGCUCUGACGACUUGGCUACCUGGACGUUCCACGGACUUGCUUUGGAACCUAUUGAAGGCCACCGCUACAUCUCCCCUAGCAGCAUUAUCCAACGACCCAAAGUCAUAUAUAGCGAGGCAGCGGGCCAGUAUCACAUGUGGUGGCACGCCGACAAUUCCAGCUACGGUCUUCUUCUGCAGGGCCUCGCCACUUCAGACAAGAUCGAAGGGCCGUACAGCUUCGUAGACGCGACCAGCCCUCUAGGAAACUGGUCGCAAGACUUCGGCAUGUUCACCGACUACAAAGACGGCCGCACCUACGCGCUGUACUCAAACGGUGACAGAGCAGAGGGCCGGGAUGUGUACUUGACCUCGUACAACGAAGAGGUCACGGCGCUCGAUGAGGUGGUCCAUCGGUUCGACAAGUAUGACCUGGAGGCGCCGACGAUCCUGCAGACUGAGAAGAGCUACUAUGCGCUGAUGAGCCACAAGACGGGAUACAGGCCUAACAACGUGGUUGCGUUCCGUGCGGAUAGCUUGAGCGGCCCCUGGUCUCAGCCAUGGAUCGUUUCGCCGCUUAACACGCGGACCUUCAGUUCCCAAUCUGGCUUCACGCUGAGGAUUGACGGGUCUGUCAAGACGACGUAUCUAUAUCUCGGCGAUCAGUGGGACUCUAAUUCUCUCUGGGAGAGCCGAUAUAUCUGGCUGCCCAUCGCAAUCGACGAUGACAAGAAGACGCUUGCAGUCGAAUGGCACGAUGUCUACGAUUUGGACGUCAAAACCGGUGAAUACAAGACUGUUGAGGGCAAAGAGUACUUGGCAACUGAUGCUAUAACGAAUGGAAACGCUUUCAAGCAAGAAGCCAAUUUCGCCACCGGCGGAGUAAUCGCGACGGGUAUCGAAGGCAACGACAGUACUGUCACCUUCAGCGGGAUAGAAGGAACCGGAAAGCCGCAAUGGGUAUCGUUCUACUACCAGAACACCGAUGAUAUGGGGUAUGGAGAUCAGCCCGGAGGUUCCCCGGACCGCAUCGGUGGUUCGUGGCAGUUAAGACGCAUCAGCAGCGUUGUGGUGAACGGGAACGUGGAAAAUGUCGAGACGCUGUACCAGAGGGACACGCACAAGGGCAUAAUUCUCUCGACGCCGCUGCAACUGACUUUGGAAGAGGGUGUAAAUAACACCAUCACAGUGGGUGGGUUGUUCAAUGGAUUUACAUAUAAAGGGGCGGAUAUCGAUAAGCUCGUUGUCUAUCCGCCAGAGGCCUAGGUUACUACUAGGCCCCUAGGUAAGUAGAUGAUAGCCUUUUUUUACGUUGCCAUAAAUCGUAAAUCUAAAAUGGUUCUUUGGGUACCUACCUAGGUAUUCAAAGACUCUUAUCACAUACUCUCAUUAUUCAUCUAAUUCGUCUGUUGAUUACCUAAAUCGUAAGGCAUCGAGUCCUUUCACG